GCAACGAACACCACAAGACGCCACACAUUAAGCAACCGUGAUUCGAACGUGCAGAGGUUGCUUUCGAUCUUCUGCAAUGACUGAUCCAUCGGCAUGGUUAACUCGCGAGUUUCUGGAGAACACGCUGACAGGUACGGCGGAAACGGAUUUCGCCCGUCUCCUUUCGUACAAUGUAACGUUGGCCACUAAGAAGGGAGAUAAUUACGCGAGUGUAAUGUACCGAGUAACGGUUCAGUAUGAAACCUCUACCAAAGAGCGAACCCAAAGGAACAUAAUUCUGAAGGUAAUGCCAUCCGGAGAGAUCCAACAAAAAGUGAUGGAAGAGAACAGUAUCUAUCAACGAGAAAUCGUCAUCUAUCGAGACAUUCUUCCCAGGAUCUACACGCUACUGCGCUCGAUCGGUGAUGAGACGCUCAUCUCUCCGAUCUGUUUGGCCACUGUCACCACUCCUAAGCAGAUGCUGAUAUUUGAGGAUGCACGGGAGCAACGCUUCCAGCUGAUCGAUCGAAGGUUGGGGCUCGAUCUGGAGCACGCUCAGUUGGUCGCCGUGAAGCUAGCUAAGCUGCAUGCAUGCUCACGUGUAAUCUACGAAAGCGAACCGGAGCUGUUCGAACUGACGCUCGAGGGUUGCAUUUCUGAUGAUCCGAACAAGCAAACUUACCUCCCGUACUAUCGCCGCUGUGUUCAGCAGGUCGUAAGACUAGUCCGAGAGUGGAACACGGCGGAAGACUGGGGGAUAAUACUGGAAAAAUUGGUACAGCUAGAGCAAAAGAUCAUCCCGUAUGGAUGCGACGUGUAUCGUCGAGCCGAGGAGUCUUUUAACGUGUUGAAUCAUAACGAUAUCUGGAUCAACAAUAUGCUGUUCCGCUACGGUACCAAAGGUCAGCUCGAGGAUGCCCGAAUGCUGGACUAUCAGCUUUCGUUCUUUGGUUCUCCGGGUGUGGAUCUUAACUUCUUUCUGUACGGUUCCCUAAAGCCAGAAGUACGCUCGAAGCACAUACCGCUGCUUGUGAAGGCUUAUCAUGCAACGCUUCGCCAAACACUGGAGCGCCUUAGCUAUCGUGGGCGCAUUCCUACCCUUCCGGACAUUCACGUGGAAGUCAUCCGCAAGGGAUUCCAUCGCGUCAACGCAACCUUUCAAAUGCUGCCAAUUGCCAUGAUGGAGAACACGGAAGAGGCCGAAAUGGAUCUGCUGUUGGCUGAGGGUGAACAAGGCGAAGCCGCCCGCCGAGAGCUGUUCGACAAUCCACGUUACAUCACCAUCCUGAGGGAGGUGCUGCCCGAGCUGCAUCUGAGCGCAAAUCGCUACAACUCUCGUAUCACUACGUAUCAAGCAACACCAAGCCACGAGAUGUCAGAAACAAUCGUCUCGACGAUUCCCAACGAAACCGCUGAUGUCCCCAGUUGGUUAACCGUGGUUUACGUGGAAAAGAUCUUACGGCGUGCAUAUGGUGAUCCCUCCAUCAAGGUAGAGCAGCUACAAACGGGAUAUGCCGUCCCUAAAGGUAAUAAUUUUGCCAGUAUCAUCUACCGUAUCCGAGUAACGUACCAUUCGAAGCAUGAGAAUGAAAUUACUCGAACGUUCAUUGUGAAGGGUAUGAUUACUGAGGGAGUCGCAGGUGAAAAGCUCCGUCAGUAUGAUGUGCAGCGUAAGGAGAUGGACGUGUAUCAAUACGUGAUACCGGAGUUGAAACGUAUGAUGUGCGCCAUCGGCGACCGUGGCAUGCUGUACCCGUGCGCGCUAGCCGUCGAUCGAAAGCGAGAGGUGAUCUUCUUCAAGGAUCUCACUCCCUCCGGCUACACUAUGGCCGAUCGGACCAAGGGCAUGGAUAUGGUGCAUAUGAAGCAAUCGCUAAGGUUAAUGGCAAAGCUACACGCCGGUUCCAUCAAGCUACACGAACGCGAUGCAACCAUCUUCGAUCCGUAUACGACGGGCAUGGUUACGCGGCAGACGGAUGCAUUCUACCCGAUGUUUACUCUGAUCUUCGACGCACUGACCGAUGAAGUUGGCCAGUGGGGACCGGAAUGGCAGCAGUACCACCGGAAGCUACAAAACCUACGCCCAAACUUCGUAGAGUACUGUCUGCGAGUUUUCGAUAACGACCCGAACAGUGAUGAUCUCUGCGUGUUCGUACAUGGCGAUCUGUGGGUCAACAAUUUGCUAUUCAAGUACGACUCCACCGGUACGCCUGUUGAUGCGGUGCUGCUGGAUUUUCAGUACUGCUGCUACGGUACGCCAAUGAUUGACUUUUGCUACCUCUACUACACUUCGGCACGCGACAACAUCCGCCAGACGUGCUUCGACGAGCUGCUGCAGUUUUACCACGGGGAACUGGUCGAUUGUGCCCUCCAGCUGCAGUGUCACCGCAAACUUCCGACACUCUAUCAGUUUCAGCAGCAGUCACUGUGCAAAUUAUUCUACGCCGUUUACUCUUCCUUCAUAGCGCUACCAGUCCAGAUGAACGAGGAAACAGAGAACGCCGACUUCGAAGCGCUGAUGGGUAAUGAUGAUCGCGCGAAAUGUUUCAAGCAAACCAUCGUUUCGAAUGUCAAGUAUAGAUCCAUUCUACGUGGUCUGCUGCCUCAGUUCGAUCGCAAAGGAUUGCUGGAUGAGCUCUUCUAGUCACUGUUAGCUGCGUGAUUGGAGAUUCGUUACCUUCUUCGUGUGAAAUAAAAGGUGUACUCCAUAUCACUGGAACUUCGCUUAACAGCGUCU